AAAAAGCAAAAGAAAACAAAGCCAAAGAAAGAAAAAGAAGAAGGAGAUUGAAAAAGAGCAGCCGGAGCCAAAUGAACAUGAAGCCGUGAACACAGAGAAAGAAGACAAGGCAGAGGACGUGCCGGUGAAGGGUGACAUCAGCAAACCCGUGGAGAAGAAAUCUUUUAGCACUGCCCUUGAGCCAAGUAUUUAUUUCAGUGACGAUGAUGAGGACAUGAAUGUGAACUUUGACAUCGACAUAGACACAGAUGACGACGAUGAUAGAAAUGAGGAGAUUGCUGCAGACGGUCGCUCGAACAGCUCAGGUACAAAGCCCAGUGUACUGGAUGAAGAUGCAACAACAGAAGUCAAGAAGAGCAACAAGGAUGAUGACGGAGAGCAGAAAAAUACGUCUCCAGACGAGCACAGUGCUGAUGAAGAGCUCGCAGAGGCAAUGGAUAUCGACACAGAGAACCAUGUGGAGGAGGACUAUGAUGAAGAUGAUGACUGGAUGGACGUGGACAGUAAUGCUUCUGCUCCCACUUUAAAUAAAGUCACAGAAAAGAAGACCAACCUAUCGGUGCCCAUGGCUCUGAUGAAAGAAGUGAAGAUAGUUAUCCCAAAACUAGACAUCGGGAAGGUGCAGCAUCCCAUCCACAUUUCCCAGUUGUCAUCUUUGAGUAACAAGCAGCCGGUGGAAGAUAAACCCGUCCAUGAUGACAAGAAACAGAGUGCAAGACCUACUCCACUGACAGAGGUCACAAACAAGCCCAGCUCUGAAAAGGCAGUGCACAUGAACUGCUCCCGCUGCAAAAAGAGCAUGAUGAAGGGACACACUGCUUACCAGAAGAAGGGCUUCUCAGACGUCUUCUGCUCCAAAAACUGUCUGUUUGAGAUGUUUUCUUACAACAAACCGGCCACCAAGACCUGUCACCAAUGUCAUAAGGCGAUAUCGCAGCCUCUGGACCUCAUCAUGGCUGCUGUGGACACUAAAGGGACUAUGAAGGACUUCUGCAGCCCGGCCUGCUUGAGCUCUUUCAAGUCUGCAUCCACCCAAACAGAAAAGUCAGUCUGCAACAUAUGCAAAAAAGUCUGCAGUACCAAAUGUGAGCUGACCCUGAACGAGGUCGUCAUCAGGUUUUGCAGCCACGCAUGCUUAGAUGAUUUCUGCAAGAACAACAUGGGCAUCUGUGAGAACUGCAGCUCUGUGUGCCGCAGCAAACCGUUCAAAUAUUGA